GACCUUUAUGUAAUCACUGAACCGAAACAAAAUAUAGAUGCAUUGUGUUUCCGGUGUGGAGUUGCGCGCGCAUCCGUCGCCAUAUUAAACUUCUCUUCCACUACUAGUCCACCUGCGUUCCUCUCCAAAUAAGCACAUUUAGCCUCGUUUAGCUAUAUAAAGCCCACACCAUGGCUGACCAAAACGGACAGUUACCGAACCAGCAAAGCAGCAGCUCACCACAAACCUCCACAAGCAACGCCGGCUCCCCCGCAGCAGCCGACGAGCAAACGCCGACCAACAAAGACAGUCCAGGGCCACCGGCGGCAAAACAAGCCGAAGGAGCCGCGGAGGAAAGCGGCGAUGCCCCAGCAGCAAUGACGUUGGAUAUUUCAAGUUUUAGGAGGCCUGGUGAGAAGACAUUCACACAGCGCUGCCGUCUUUUUGUUGCCAAUAUACCGCUGGAUAUUCCCGAUGAAGAAUUCGUUGGUAUGUUCUCAAAAUAUGGAAAUACGGCGGAAGUUUUCAUUAACCGAGAGCGAGGAUUUGGCUUUAUUCGAUUGGAGACCCGGACACUUGCAGAGAUUGCCAAAGCUGAGCUAGAUGGCACGAUAUUGAAUAAUCGACCAAUCAGAAUCCGCUUUGCUACACACGGUGCUGCUCUCACUGUGCGGAACCUGUUACCAGUUGUCACAAAUGAGCUUUUGGAACAGGCGUUUUCACAAUUUGGCCCAGUGGAACGAUCUGUCGUAGUGACAGAUGACCGUGGACGGCCCACUGGCAAAGGCAUAGUGGAGUUUGCAAACAAAGUGGCUGCACGUAAAGCUCUGGAAUGCUGUACUGAGGGUGCACUGCUGCUAACUACGACACCUUGUCCAGCCAUUGUGGAGCCUGCAGAGCAUUUUGACAAUGAGGAAGGACUGCCUGAAAAGUUGUUACCAAAGACUCCAAAGUACCUCAAGGAACGAGAACGACACCCACAUUUUGCCCAGCCAGGAACGUUUGACUUCGAAUACUCCUCUCGCUGGAAAGCCCUUGAUGAGUUGGAGAAGCAUCAACGAGAGCAGGUCGACAAGAAUAUUAAAGAGGCCAAAGAGAAGCUGGAGGCUGAGCUGGAGUCAGCGAAACAUGAACAUCAACUCAUGUUAAUGAGGCAUGAUCUAAUGCGACGUCAGGAGGAGUUGAGGCGACUGGAGGAGCUUCGCAACCAGGAGCUGCAGAGACGAAAGCACAUAGAAAUGAGACAUGAGGAAGAGAGAAGACGACGGGAGGAAGAAAUGAUGAGAACACACAGAGAACAAGAGGAGCUGAGACGCCAACCAGAUGGCUUUAAAGUGGGCUACCAGGACAAUAGGGAACAGGAAAUGAGAGUGGGUGAUCUGGGCCCCCGUGGAGCCACUAAUAUGGCAGAUGGCUACAACCCGGCCCCAGCAGGGCCCAACCCUAACCAGGGUCAACCCAUGAGCAUGAGUGGAAGGGGCACAGCCACUGGCCCAGAGGGGACUGCAAACAUGGGCACAAUGUUGAUGUCCGAAAAUGGCAACAUGCGAGGAGACCGAUAUCUGAUGGGUGGAUCGCUAACAGGGCGAGCAGAAGUGGAGUCACCAAAUCAACAACAGCAGCAGCAGCAGCAGCCAAUACCACCAGGUGCUCCUGGUGGACCAGCACCAGGAUUUGGAAGUCCAGUAGGAGUGUUUGAUGGGCCAAAUAACAAGCGCCGGCGGUACUGACCUGUAUUUUUACCUACAGUAUGUGCUGACUACAUAUUUUUCUACUUUUCCCUGAAAUUGUUGUAUUUCUACAUUAUUACUAUGCUCUGCAUAGUGUUUGCUGUUUUUUUUUUUACUGGUUUCAAGUCUAGUAACAUACAUCUACAAUGGAAAUGUAUGCCAUUGAGCAUAUGUUGCUACCCUGCGUGUGUUGCUUGAACUCCAGUAUCGUACAUGGACACCAUUGCACUUUUGUUUUGUAAAGGCAAGCAGCAGCAAUGACGUCAUGCUUCAUUCGGUUUACAUUUGAAUGUUUUUUUAACACAUUUAUGUUUAAAUGUCCAUGGUGCAUUUUUUUUGCAUCUUUUGUCAAAAGGAAUAAAACAUUUUGUAGUAAGAUGUGUU